UCUAUUUGCCUCGAGACGUCGUCCUAUGGGAGCCGGAGGAGGAGGAGGAGGGGAGUGUGAGAGGUGGCGAAGUGGGGAGGUUGGGAGGGGGAAGAGGGAGAAAUUGAAUGAGAGGGACAGAGAGAAGUUGAGAGGAGCCUAAAAAAAAGUCUCCAACAAUCAGCAAGUGGAACUAGUCUACAGACCGUGCACGGGGCGCAGUUGGCUUUCUUCUCUUCUUCCCGCAUGGCUGCUUAGUUUAAUCAAACUUUCAUAUUGCAAUUUCAAAGUUUUUCGGCGAAGGCAAGGGGUCUAAUGCCUUUAAAGAUGGACCGCCUGGCAAGAAGGAGGUCGUUGAGGACAAUACCGCUAUUUCUUAUUGUCUUACUUCAAGCAACAGCGACACGAACUGCAGCCGACCCCAUCGAUGUGCUGCGUGUGCUGGAGCUGUCGGAGGGCAUGGAGGGCGUCGCCUUGGACUCGGGCCUCUGUACCAACAGGAAGGGCGUGGAGGUAGCGGACCUGGCGUACAGGAUAAACAGAAGGAUCCAGCUCAGCGCUCCGACCAAACAGCUGUUCCCCGAAUCCCCGUUCCCGGAGGACUUCUCCCUGAUGACCACCCUGAGAGCCACGAAGGACACCCAGUUCUUCCUGCUGUCCGUUUACGACCAGCAGGGGGCGCAGCAGCUGGGCCUGGAGGUGGGACGCUCCCCCGUGUUCCUGUACGAAGACCACCAGGGACUUCCCCUGCCAGAGGACUACCCCACGUUCAAGAAAAUCAAUCUGGCCGACGGAAAGUGGCACAGGAUAGCCUACAGCGUUCAGGGCAAGACCGUGACCCUCUACGUGGACUGUGAGAAGGUGGAGACCCUGGAUCUGCUGCGCGGGGACGCCGCCGUCGUCAGCACGGAGGGCGUGACCGUGUUCGGGACACGCCUGAUGGACGAGGAGGUGUUUGAGGGUGAAAUACAGCAGCUGCUCAUAGCGGAAGAUCCUCUGUUGGCGGAAGACUACUGUCUGAAAUACAUCCCAGACUGUGACUCCCCCCUGCCCUAUAACACCCAGAUCAUGGACAAGUCUGAGAUUUCCCAACCUCGGGAACCGCUGCCGACAAGCGACAAGGAAACGGAGGAGGAAGUCUCAAAAAAGGGCAGGAAGGGCAAGAAGGACAGGAAGAACAAGAACAAGAAGAAGCGGGACAAGGGCUCCAAGGGCAAAGGCAAAGGCAAAGGCAAAGGCAAAGGCAAGGGGAAGAGGAAGGGGAAGAGGAGGCAGAAAGACGAGGAGCAAGCCCUCGAGGACGGCUUCCUCAGCGUCUCCCCGGCGACGCUGGCCCAGUAUCUGACCAAGGAGCCCCCCCUCCCACCCACCCGGCCCCCGAGGGCCCCAGAGGCCACCGAAGAACUCGUGCCCUCCGCAGGCUACGCCGAAAGCCUCGAGCAGACCUUCCCCUCGGAGAUGCCCCAAACAAGCGAGCCAGAGACCGCCGCCGCCGCCACCGCUACAGCCACCGAGGAUCCACGACCUUCUCCGGUUUCUGCCGCACUGCCUGAAUCCAAGGUCGAAGCGGAGGAGGACAGACCACUCAAAAGGCCGGUGGUGGAGGAGUACAGCGAUAGUGACCUGUAUGACGAUCUCUCAGUUUCCACGGUAACCGUGGGUCCCAAUGUUACCGACUAUGAGAUGCUGGAAUACGAGGACUUGAAGAACGCCACAUCCUCCGAGUACGAAGAGUACGAGAUCUACGAGGACGCCUACAGCUUCGCAGAGCGAGACCUGGCCCAGACGUGGGACGGAGAGGCAUCCCUGCGAGCAGAGAAGGGCCAGAAGGGAGAGCGGGCGGUGGCUGAACCGGGGACAUUAAUAGAAGGACCACCGGGCCCUCCCGGGAUAGAGGGUCUCUCCGGUAUGCCAGGACCCACCGGUCCCCCGGGACCCAUGGGAGACCCCGGUGAACUGGGCCCCCCUGGACGCCCAGGUCUUUCCGGGGCUGAUGGGAUACCAGGUCCUCCAGGCACUCUGCUGAUGUUACCAUUCCAGUUCGGUGGGGAUUCUCAGAAGGGCCCUGUCGUCUCUGCCCAGGAAGCCCAAGCGCAUGCCAUCAUUCAGCAAGCCAAGAUUUCGCAGAAGGGACCUCCGGGUUCGAUGGGUCUCGGGGGUCGACCAGGACCUGAGGGUCUUCCAGGUGCUUCCGGCCUGAAGGGAAAUGCUGGAGACGAUGGCCACUCUGGCCCCCGUGGAUUACAUGGCCCUGCAGGGCUGAACGGCCGGGCGGGGAAACGGGGGCGGUCAGGAGCAGAUGGGGCUCGCGGAGCGCCGGGAGAAACAGGCACUAAGGGUGACAGAGGCUUUGACGGGUUGCCAGGACUCCCGGGAGACAAGGGACACAGAGGGGACAGGGGCAAACCAGGUCCUCACGGGCCCUUUGGAGAUCCGGGAGAGAAGGGUUCUACUGGGCCGUUCGGACCUAGGGGGCAGCCAGGCGAACCUGGCGCGAGGGGUCUCAACGGACCGAGGGGCUCAGCGGGACCCCCCGGCCAACCUGGUAUCCAUGGCAUUGAUGGAGUUCAGGGGUCGAAGGGCAACAUGGGGCCGUCUGGAGAGAUCGGGGCCCCAGGUCAACAAGGAAACCCAGGGACACAGGGCCUGCCUGGUCCUCAGGGUCCCAUCGGCAUGCCGGGAGAGAAGGGGCCUCAAGGGAAGACAGGCCUGCUGGGACUACCUGGCAUUGACGGACCACCUGGUCACCCAGGGCGAGAGGGGCCCGCCGGAGAGAAGGGUCUGCUGGGCUCAGCAGGAGUCCAGGGGCCCGUCGGAUAUCCGGGGACACGCGGAGUCAAGGGAGCUGAGGGAGUGAGGGGUCUUAAGGGAGGCAAAGGGGAGAAGGGCGAGGACGGCUUCCCCGGGUCCAAAGGUGACAUGGGCCUCAAGGGGGACAGGGGUGAUAAUGGAGUGCCAGGAAUCCGUGGAGAAGAUGGAACGGAGGGCCUGAAGGGUCAAUCGGGACUCCUGGGAGAUUCUGGGUCAUCGGGGAUCGCUGGCGAAAAGGGUAAACUUGGUGUACCAGGCCUGCCGGGUUACCCAGGAAGACAGGGUCCCAAGGGAUCUCUCGGAUUCCCGGGCGCUGCCGGGGUCUUCGGGGAGAAAGGACGAAGGGGUCCAGCUGGUCAGGCGGGCACCGGAGGCCAGAGAGGGCCUAAUGGGGUGAGAGGGGGGAGAGGAGCAGAGGGUCCCACUGGAAAGCCUGGAGAAAAGGGCUCUGCCGGACAAGACGGCCCCUCGGGAGGACCGGGGGAACAGGGCCCCUUAGGGCCGCAAGGAAGGAACGGAGAAGUGGGACACAAAGGACCAAACGGUCCCCCUGGGAAAGACGGUCUACCAGGGCACCCAGGACAGCGAGGAGAACCAGGUUUCCAAGGCAAGACCGGAUCGCCCGGGCCCGUCGGUGUGGUCGGACCGCAGGGUAAAUCCGGCGAGACGGGCCCAACGGGAGACCGAGGGCACCCAGGAUCACCGGGACCACCGGGAGAGCAAGGCCUACCCGGAUCCGCGGGGAAGGAAGGCUCCAAGGGCGACUCAGGUCCUGCUGGCUCCCCAGGGAAGAGUGGCCCUGCUGGGACGCGAGGCUUCCAAGGCAGUCGAGGCAGCCCGGGUGCCAUGGGUCCCACAGGACUGAAGGGCUCCGAGGGUCCAUCCGGUAUUGCGGGAACAAUGGGGGCCACCGGAGAGCGGGGGCCGGCCGGCCCCGCGGGGGCCAUCGGCCAGCCGGGGCAGGGCGGCAGGGUGGGCCCCGCCGGACCCAUGGGAGAGAAGGGGGAGCCGGGAGAGAAGGGCUCCUUCGGCCCCGUUGGCCGUGAUGGGGAGCAGGGACCCGUCGGGCUCCCAGGGGCCGCAGGUCCUGGUGGUCCCCCCGGAGAGGACGGAGACAAGGGAGAAACAGGAGGACCAGGCCAGAAGGGGAGCAAAGGAGACAAAGGCGAAUCCGGACCGCCCGGGCCGACCGGUAUCCAAGGGCCCGUAGGCCAACUGGGACCCACCGGUUCUGACGGAGAGUCUGGACCCCGGGGCCAGCAGGGGAUGCACGGAGCCAAAGGGGAUGAAGGAUCCAGGGGCUUUAAGGGCGCUAGCGGCCCUGACGGACUUCAGGGGAUGCCAGGACCUCCGGGCGAGAAGGGAGAGGGCGGACACGUGGGCCUGAUGGGCCCCCCAGGACUGCAUGGCCCCAGAGGCCCCCAAGGAUCGACCGGAGGAGAGGGAGCGCCCGGGAUAACCGGUGGAGUCGGCCAGCCCGGACUUGUAGGAGAGAAGGGAGAGGAUGGGGAAGGUGGAGAUCCUGGGACCGUUGGAGAGACAGGCCAGGCUGGAGGGAAAGGAGAUUUGGGGGAGAAGGGUGACAGCGGGCCUCCCGGGGCGGCUGGACCUCCAGGAGUCCGAGGAACACCCGGGGAGGACGGAUCUAAAGGCAACCCUGGGCCACUUGGAUUCCCGGGAGAUUCUGGACAACCUGGGGAAGCAGGCCCAAAUGGAGUGGAUGGUGUGCCCGGGGCUAAGGGAGACCAUGGAGAGCCCGGCAAAGCCGGACCCCAAGGAGCAUCUGGAGAGCCCGGCCCUCAGGGGCCACCAGGACGUCGAGGCCACAUCGGAACCGCAGGAACAGAAGGGAAGCAAGGAACGAAAGGAGCAAAGGGUCCCAUGGGUAAAGAGGGUCCGGCUGGUAGGACCGGGCCCGUAGGCCCUCAAGGACACCCCGGGAAGGAAGGUCCACAGGGACUCAGAGGCAUCCCAGGGUCGGCAGGGGAGCAUGGGUUAAAUGGACCACCGGGGCAGACCGGACCUCCAGGGCCAAUGGGUCCAUCAGGUCUUCCAGGUCUCAAGGGAGAGCAUGGAACGAAGGGCGACAAAGGACACGGUGGCUUGAUAGGCCUGAUCGGACCUCCAGGGGAGUUCGGGGAGAAGGGAGACCGAGGCCUGCCGGGGCUGCAGGGCACCCAAGGUCCCAAGGGAGAUGGGGGUACCACUGGGUAUGCUGGUCCCACCGGUCCCCCAGGUCCAGCUGGACUGUCUGGUUCAGCCGGAGAGAAGGGGUCGAAGGGAGACACGGGCGCUGUCGGCCCUCAAGGGGACACCGGGCCCGCCGGACCCCCGGGACAAGCUGGACCCCCCGCCACCUAUGUCACACCGCUGCACAUGAGGGAGGGCAGGAGGAAGAGGAAGAGGCAGGCGGGCUCUUCGUGGGACGGCGGCGAGGACUGGCAGGGGAGGGAGGAGAGGGCCCUGCAGGGGGACCAGCCGCUGGAGGACGCGGAGGGCAUGGAGGAGGUCUUCGCCUCGCUCAGCUCCAUGAAGACGGAGGUGGAGCUGAUGAGGAGGCCCCUGGGGACCUUUGAGAGCCCCGCGCGCACGUGCAAGGAGCUGAUGAUGGUCCAGCCCGGCUACAAAGACGGGGAAUACUGGAUGGACCCCAACCAGGGCUGCCACCGAGACUCCCUCAAGGUGUACUGUAACUUCACGGCGGACGGGGAGACCUGCCUCCACCCCGACAAGAAGAUUGAGAUGGUGAAACUUGCGGCGUGGAACAAAGAAAAGCCAGGAACUUGGUUCAGCAGUUACAGGAAAGGAAAGCAGUUCUCGUACAGCGACAGCGACGGCACGCCCGUGCACGUGGUGCAGCUGACCUUCCUGAAGCUGCUGAGCGCCACGGCCAAGCAGAGCUUCACCUACACCUGCCAGAACUCGGCGGGCUGGUUCGACAGCGACGCCCGCUCCCACCAGCGUGCCCUGCGCUUCCGGGGCGGCAACGGCGAGGAGCUGACCCCGGCCAGGAGCCCUUUCAUCCAGCCACUGUACGACGGAUGCCAGUCCCGGAAAGGUCAGGAGCGGACGGUGUUAGAGAUCAGCGCUCCGUCGGCGGAGCUGCUGCCCAUCAUAGACGUGUCGCCUGUGGACUUUGGCGGAAACAACCAGAAGUUUGGCUUCGAAGUGGGGCGCGUGUGCUUCAGCGGCUGAGGGGCUGACCACGAGCUCUAGAGAAAAGCCACCGGCACAACCACGGCGCACACAGUCCGCAGAGGAGAAACUGGACUUCACCACUAGCCCAUGCAAUAUUUAUUAAAUAUGUUAUAUGUGGGGUUUGUGGUUUUGUUGUUUUUCUGUAUUUCUAAUAUGGAAUUCCUGAUUCUAUUGACUAUAGGAACACGAGCAGAUAGAGGAGGAGACAAGGCAGGAGGAAAAGCAGGUUUACCAAAGGGAAAUGUUCCACUUAGUUUUAUUAAUUCCUUUCUUUUUGUUACUUUCUUCAAAUGAUCGAUUCUUUUUUCGUUGCAUUAUGUUCCGUCAUUUACUAAAGAAAGUAAGACUGAACCACUUGGCAAUGAUCAAUUGAAAAAUCACAGAUCACCCUCCUAUUUAUGGAAAGCAUUUCUGUCCUAUCCUGUGGUAUGGGUCAGUUGUAAUGUGGGAUAAACUAAACAAGAGAUGCUGUUAUACUGAGAGCACUUGAUCUCUACCAUAUUCACUUCCACAGAAACAGCUAAUUUAACACCACUGGGUGCAGAGGUGAUGCACAUUUUUGUGUACCCUUCAAUGGCAGUUUGCUUAGUGAAUGAUUUUGAUUAGUAUCCAAUCGGUGCUUCCGGUUAUAAGGCCCUCACUCUUACUUGACCGGGUGAAGGUUGUUUCUAUUACUGGAACAAUUUUCCAUGUGUGAUGAUGAACGUCCGCAGAGCUCACGGCUAAUACCUCGUCAGGGGCAUAUUUCCCGAAAUGUCUGCGCUCAGCAUGCAAGUUAAGGAUAAUCAAGGCACAUGAAAAGCAAGACAGCUCUGCAGGCAGAUUAGGCAAAACUGUUUCCCACUCGAUACAACUGCAGUACCUGACAGCAAUUUGUUUGAUCCCUUCCAUUUUGUAACUGCUGAGGCUGUGUUUCUUCCCGUGCCACUAAUGUUGAUUGUCUUCAUAACCUACCUUUUUUUUUUGAUCAUAUUUUGUUUUGUUUAUAUGUUGAAAUGAAAAUGUAUCAUGUACUCGAAAAAUGGUGCUCGCUUCGGACUUGUGACGCUAUUCCCUGGUGCUAACCAUGUAUGAUUUGAGAUGGUACGUUCUAUAUGUAUGCGGGCCGGAUUAAAGGACUGAAGCUACGGGCCUAUAAAGUGUUUUAACCAGCGGUUUUCCGGGCUAGUCAACCUCAGUCUAAGAGCUCAAGUCUAUAAAUAAAGCCGGUGGACACAAAAUAGCUAGUGAAUCCAAGACGUUCUCAGGUCUGUCUCUCGGAGAUCAUGCUGGGCUGUCACUCCAGAUCAGAUGGGUACCCUGCGUUCUCCACCGCUGUUGAAAAUUCAUGUCCAAUACCGACCCCCUUCCCAUGCAUUCUAAUGGCGUGGGCCCACCUGUGCAUAGUGUGCUCUGAAGUUGAUAUAUUGUUGUACAGUUAUUCUAAGGAUGCGAGUUUUACAAAUGAUCUGCUGCACGAGUGAACCGUCACGGUCACUUGUAAGAAUAAAAUUGGAUUUUAUGAAUAAUAUAAUGAUUGAAAUAAAACAGAAAAAAAAACUUUUUUAAUACA